AUGCAGGACCUGGGCUUUGUGCUAGGAUAUUUCGUUGCCACUGGUGGACAUGGAAACAGACUCGUCAAGUCGAAUGAACUUGGCUUCCCUGGCGGGGCAAUAUUGCCGUUUGGUGGAGCUGUUGCGGUCCAGUCCCUAGCUGACAACCUGCUAGCAGACUUGUGUUACACAAGGCCCCGGGCUGGUAAUUUCCGCUUUAGAGAUGACGCGGCGAAUCCGGUGAAACUAGUUCCAGUAGACCCAAAUCAAUCGGACGUGAAGAGGGCAGUACAUCAAUACCAUGCGCCAUUGUACGGAAUCACAGCGAAGCGGUUUGCGGUGCAUGAUGACCACAUUGUGGCUGAUCCUCCUGUAAAAGAUGGCAAGAUCUCCACCGUCGAUGAAGAAGCUGAAUUCUCUGGUGCUUUCCAAGAAGUGAUACGCCUCGGGGGGGCACCGGAGUUAUUUUCAACCUGCCGGCAACCCAAUGAGACUACGGGAGCGUAUUUCUGGGCCUACGAUGGUGCAAACCUUAUUGGCACUCCACCGCGAUUUUACAACCGUAUUCUUCGAACUUUGGCAUGGAAGAACAAACGAGAUGGUCCAACCGAUGAAAACACGAACGCAGAAUUCGCGCGUCUGUUUGCCCUUGCAAAUGUGGCAAUGGCGGAUGCUGGCACCCUUUGCUGGCGAGAGAAGUAUCACCAUGACUUUUUGCGCCCAAUUUCGGCUGUUCGUGAGGAUGCCAACCAGUCGAUGGUAGACCCAUUCUGGCGCGCACUGGGUGCGCCCUCAACAAAUACGGAUCAAAUAUCGUUCACACCACCGUUUCCAUCUUACCCUUCAGGGCAUGCCACAUUCGGUGCAGCCUUCUGCCAGAUUGUGCGACUAUUCUAUAGGAGAAUUGGUGUCACGAACUUCGAAGAGGACGGGCCUGACAACAUUUCUUUCGAAAUCGUAUCGGACGAGCUUGAUGGUGUCAGUCGCGACUUACGACAGACAUACGACCCAACGCAACUGAUAACGAAUCAGCCGGGAACGGCUCGGACACGCGUCAAACGCCGGUUUGAAAGCUUGUGGGAAGCGAUAUUUGAGAACGCCAUUAGCCGUGUAUGGCUUGGAGUCCACUGGCGAUUCGAUGCAUUCGCUUCAAAUGACGUACUUGUAUCUUCCACCGGCGAACCGACCUCCAAAACGGAAAAUGAGCCAUGUGAAGCCCGUCACUACAAGAAAGCGUCUGAUAUUAAAUAUAUGACCUCUGGGUCACGCACCGAUCAACCUGGGAGUUUCCCCAUUGGUGGUGUCCCACUGGGGCUUGAAAUCGCCAAUGAUAUUUUCCGCAACAAUCUCCAGCCUACGCCAAAAGAAUUGCAGCCUUCUCCCUACGGGGGUCUGGUCCAUUUAACAAGUCAGAAAACCGCUGAAAAGCACAGGAUAGGGCUAUAA